UGGGAACGCCCUCUGCACAGAAAGCGGCAGGAAGGACAAAGUUCACUUUGCUGGCGUCACCUUGUGCUGGGAGCUUUUGCCGUGAGCUUGGAGCACUGACCUGAGCGCGCGGCCCAGGCUUUCAGGGAGGGCAUUGCCAUAUAGCGGCAUCAUGGCCUCAGCAAACCCUGUGGAGAGACUGGAGGAGGAAGCCAUGUGCCCCAUCUGCCUGGAGUUCUUCACUGAGCCAGUGAGCAUUGACUGUGGGCAUAACUUCUGCCAUGUGUGCCUCAGCCGGCACUGUGAGACGUGUGAGGUGGAAAGCCCUGGUCACCCUGUCCAGUGCCCCGUCUGCAAAAUGAAAUUCAAGAAGGACAACAUCCGGCCCAACUGGCCGCUGGCCAACAUGGUAGAGAACAUCCCGCAGCUGAGGGCCGUGAGGGGAGAGGACCGAGCGGGGCCGUUCUGCCAGCAUCACCAAGAGCAGCUCAAGUUGUUCUGCGAGGAGGACGGGAAGGCCAUCUGCGUGGUGUGCCGGGAGUCCCAAGAGCACCGGGAACACAGGGUGGCACCCGUGGAGGAGGCUGCCCAAACAUACAGGACCAAAGUCCAGCAAGCCCUGACUCAGCUCCGGAAGGAGAUGGAAGCUGCCAAGCGGCUGGAGGCCAAGGAGAACAGAAAGGUCAAGGAAUGGCAGGAAAAAGUGCAGGUUCAGCGUGAGAUCAUCAUGUCAGAGUUUGAGAAGAUCCGCCAGUUCCUGACUGAGGAGGAGAAGCUGCUGCUAGAGAAGCUGGCGACGGAAGAGAAGGACUUCGUGCAGAGAGUACAGGCCAACCUAGAUGACCUCUCGGAGCAGAGCUCUGCCCUGGGCAAACUCAUUGCAGAGCUGGAGGAGAAGUGCCGGAAAUCGUCUGUGGAGCUGCUGGAGGGUGUGAGGUGUUCACUGAGCAGUGCUGAAACUAUCAAACUGCAGGAGCCAGAAGCCACCCCCACUGAAGUGAAGAAUAGAUACAAAUUCCCUGAGCGUUGCCUGGAUAUGAAGAAAAUGCUACAGAGAUUCAAGACGGACGUGACGCUGGACCCCGAGACAGCCCACGUGUGCCUGGAGCUGUCCAAGGACCGUCGUGGCGUGCGGCUGGGGGAGCCGCAGCGGGCCAUCUCGUCCCACGCCAAGCGUUUCAACACAUACCGCUGUGUGCUGGGCGCGGAGGGGCUGCGUACGGGACGGCACUACUGGGAGGUGGAGGUGGAGGCGGGCGACAAGGCCUACUGGACGCUGGGCGUAGCACGGGGCUCGCUGCGCAGGAAGGGCUGGUUCAGCAUGGAGCAGGAAGAAGGCAUCUGGGCUGUGCGCCUCAUCAGGGGCCAAUACCAUGCCCACACCUGCCCCGAGACCAGACUGUCCCCGAGCCGCAGCCCCCAGCUCCUGGGCAUCUUCCUGGACUGUGACGGCGGGAGCAUCACCUUCUAUGAGGCCGAGGGCAUGGAGCCCAUCUUCUCCUUUGCCACCGGCGCCCCCUUCCCCGAGCCGCUUUACCCCUUCUUCUGGCUCAUGUGCCCCGGCACCAGCCUCAGGGUUCGCCCCAUGGUGUGAGGGGGGGGGGAAGCAGGCCUGAUGGGCUGGGGAAUGGCACGAGAGUGGGCAGUGUCCCUGACAGGGCCUCUGGGUGGGACAGUGGCUCCUGCCCCAUCACACCAACACCCCGCCCAAUCGUCCAGUAGCUGGGAACCGCUGAGGGCUGUUGGAGCUGGGGGGCUCCCUAGCAGCAGCAAUGGCGGAGGGCAGGGAGAUGAGGUAUGCCAGCCAGCUCCCCUCCCCCAGCUACCAGGGCUGCUGCAGUCAAACAUCCACAGCCAGAAGAGAGACAAUGGGAAACGCGCUUCGCUGGCUGGCCAUAGCCGCAGCAGCUGUCUCAGAAAGCUCUGCUCAUGCUCCAGCCAACAGAGGCAGGACAAGAGCCCCACAGUGAGAGCCUGGGUUGCAAUUAGCAAGACACGGUUUUUUCAGUGGAUUAUGCUGCCCUGACCAUCUAUUUCCUGCAAUGUGCACAUCCAGCCUCCCCGGCUGACCUCAAUGGGAGUUAGGUUCUCCGUGCCCACAGGACAGGGCUGGCCUU